AUACUUGUUAACACGCUACUAACGUACGCAGUGCAGCUUUCGCUAUCUGUGGUAAAGUCUAAAUUGUAACCGUGAAGUUGCGAAUCUGUGAUAGAUGGUCACAAUGGUUUGUAUGUGUAUAGAAUCGGUAUCGAGUGUGGAGGGAGGACCUAGAGGAAUAAGACGAAGGCGACUUCGACGCUCGCGACAACGAAGUUCAACGCCGACGAAUGCUGGCCAGACAGGCAGUAAUGCCGGCCCAUGCGACCAAUCAACAAUGAACAGCAAGGAAGGAACACCCGCGAACGACGUUUCCGUGUCUAACAACAGUUCGCAAGGACCUAAGGGCCAAAGAGAACAUCGGUCUCGUCCUCCUCGUAUGCAGCAGAGCAAUAAGCCUAAAGAAGCUCUGGUUAAUGGUACCAGUGGCUAAGCGACCGUUACGUUGUCAUCAAUCGCUACCAACGUUGCCACGUUACACCUGAUGAGCUAUCAACUCCCAGCACGUAACAUGACGCAUACCGACGCAAGGACUACACGAUUAUGGAACGCGACAUGAUUAGUCUACGCUCGUUGUUAAGACUGUUUGCUACCGAUAAGAAUACGACAGUUGUUUAAGAAAUCGUCAUUCUCCUUAAACACAUUUAAGGAUACAUAUUAAUAUCCAUGCAUGGUUUAGUUUAAUGAUGGUAAUUACACUGUCAUGUUUGAUAUACGGAUACAUUCAUUGGGAGAUAGAGGAUAGCAUUUGGUAAGAAGGAUUCCCUGAUUGUGAAACUGUGCCUCAUUUUUAUACCAAGCUCCUAACUUAUGUGGCAGUGCUUCGGAUGUACCGCACGGUAUACCUUAGUCACUCGUUAACAUUUAACGAUUCAAUAUUAGGCUGGAUAAUCGCGGUUCGCGUACGUCAAUUAUCGCUCUGGAUAGGUUUUCAUCUAGAUAUGUCGCUCAGUACUUAGAAAUAAUUCGGUACUUCCAGUAUGUGAUUAUCAUUCCGAUGUCGUUUCGAUAUCGAGUUUAUUUAGUUUAGCUUAAUAGACUCACAUCGGCGAAUGGAGAGAAAUUAUUCAACGAAUUCUUUUCAUGAAUAUUCCAUAAUUGAAAUUAAAGUAAAAAUGUUGGUUAUCCGAUACUUUGUUACUUUAUCUUGACGUAACAUUUUCUCGUUACUUUGAUACGCUAUUGGACACAAAUACUGAAAACCGAAACGAACGCGACAUAACUGAGAUGCAAUUCGAUGCGGUACAAGGAAAAUGGAUUUCCGUUGUUAAUCGUAACAAUGGUAAGUGGCAGCUGUAGGAAAUUCUGAUUCAAAGGUGUUCCCAAUGAUGUUCCUUUCUAUUUACUUGAGGAAAUUGAGUUUUUGAUUUACGAUUAUUAGUAGAGUUAUUUAACAACACUAGAUUUUUAUGUUUCAAUACUGAGUGUUGAUUAAUAGUAUCAUGAUUGCGAAAACGCGAUGUGACCUAUUCAAAUGUUACACGGUCAAAUGUGCACACGGAGUCGGUUUUUAUUUCCGAAUACACUUUUCACGUAAUUUA